CCAACUGUUUUCUUGAAAAUAGUUUUUUGACAAGACAAGUCAAAAUAAAAUAAAUGAAAAUAAUGAAAAUGGCAGCUAGCCAAACGAAAAUAAAUAGUAAUUAAAAUCCAAAAGGAUUGCUUCGAUUUCAUCCAAACCAGCACUGGUUUAGUUAAUAAAUAAGAACUGUAUGAUCGUUCGUUGAAGAUCUCAAGGAAAGGGAAAGUAGUUAAGUAGCAAGUAGCAUUUUGACAAUUACAACUGAACUGAUAAUGCUAAAUAUUAGUCAUCAAUUUGUGAUCAAACAGAAACGGGGGCAAUACGUUUAGUUUAUUGAUAAAAAAUGGCUAAGAACUCGCAAGAAGUCGUAUUCGAAGGUUGGCUAACAAAAUCACCACCGACAAGGAGGAUAUGGCGAGCUAGAUGGAGAAGGAGGUGGUUUUUAUUGACUCACUCAGGAGAACUUCCUGGUCAAUACAUUUUGACUUAUUACACGGAUAGAAACUGCAGAAGAUUAAAAGGUGUGAUAAAUUUGGAUCAUUGUGAACAAGUCGAUUUGGGAUUGAAACUGGACGAAAGGAAACUGAAGUUUGAUCAUGUUUUCGAUAUAAAAACACCAACUCGUACCUACUACUUAGCUGCUGAUACUGAGAAAGAGAUGAGAUCUUGGGUGACAUGUAUUUGCAAAGUUUGUGGAUUGAAAUCUACCAGCGAGGACGAUGGACAAGUAACAGUUUCAUGUUCCGAUGUUGAGAUAAUAGAGAAACCUAAUGAAAAUCAGAGGGUGACACUAAUAAAUAACUUCAGCGAAACCCCUCCGAUAUCUCCCGUCAGUACUAGUCCUUAUAUUCCAAUUUCAGAAUGUAUUACAGGAAAAUCGCCCAUUUAUGACCCUAAGGACUGUAAUUCCUUGAGGCAAUACAAUUUAAAAAAUGCUUCCCUGAAAUCGGAACAAGCGGUCCAAAACUUGGACGAUGCUGUCGAACUCCCAGCAAGAAAUUACUUGAACUACAUAAACAUACAGGAGGAUCCAAGAUUUUACGACUGUCCGAGGAAAUUGACGCCUCAUACGUCGAAAAACAACGCAGAUAACGAUAAAAACAAUUCACCAUUGCAAAGUCCAACGGAUUCUGAUAGUGUGUUCAAUGACGAAGAUUGGGUUCACAAUACUUCAUCUGAUUUAAAUACUUCGAAAUCUACUCGACGAUCUGAGGACAGUUCAGACGAAGGAGGAUAUCUUAUAGCGACUAAAAAGUUCACUAAAGAAGAAAAAACUACCAUGACAGCCACAACUCCACCGCCGAGGCCUCCAAAAACCGCUAAAGCUCCUCCCAAUUCUACCUUAAGUCUUUCAUCAACGAAAGUAAAUAAAACGGAUUCGGAGGUCGACAUUUCAAAACCUGCCGAACCACAAAAGAUAAUUACUGAUGACAUGUACGAUUUCCCGAGGUCUCAUCACAUAGAAAGCGAAGCGACUCUCAAAAGGAAGCAUUGUUAUAAUAACGCCGCUCCAGUUCCUUGUGCCGAUGGGACGAUAUUUAGAUACGAUAUUUCUCCCAAGCCUGGCACAAGCACAAUGGUUUUUAGGUACGAUUUAGAAGAAUCUCAAGAAGAACCCCCGUCGCCCGCUCAUUCUCAUUCUUCCGCGCCCGCUUAUUCCAACCUACCAAGCCCUUCGUUGAGCUCCACCACUCAAUUGAUGCCACCGCCUUUAGUCAACAGGGAAUUGAAACCAAAGAGGAAACUCUCCGAUUCCCACUCGAUUUCUUCUAACCCCGAACCACCUUCGCCGCGCAACGCUCCCUCUGUCGACAGAAAAUUAAAGCCCACCACUCCUUUACAGGAGGCUCAUCAACGAAAGCAUUUUAACACUGAAGAAGAUCAGAGGAAAAUUCGUGCUGCGCCGAGUCCGCCGCCGCCCAAUCUCGGCAGGUCUCACGACAGCCUCUUGACUCAAAACGACGAACAAGUUUACCAUCUCACUGAUAGAAUGCAAUAUUUGGACCUCGAUCUGGAUAGUUCGACGUCCAGCUUUUCCACUAACAGUACAAAGAAGGCGCCCGUCAAACAGAAGGAGGACACUGUGUACAAAAAGGUCGACUUCAUGAAAACUCAGGCGUUCAAUACCACUCGAAUUACUCUGGAGAAGGAGCGGAAAGAGCCGCUUUCGUUCGUUAAGAAGUAAUUAAUAUUCCUUUUAUUUAUACUGAUGUGCAAUUUUUUAUUUGAACUUUAACUAUUUUUUUGCCAUUGACCGCGUGUACGGUUACGUAUUACGGGCGUACGAUGCUGAAUAUUAUUUUUUAAUGGAUAUUGAAUUAUUUACAAAUUUAUCGAAUUGUUGUUAUUGUUUAGGAAAAGAGCAUUUUUGUUAUUAUUCAAUAACUUUUGUGAAGUAGCGUAAAGUCUAAUUGCGUUCUUAGCUCAUAAACAAAUUUCUGAUCAUAAAAUAAUUACUCCGCCAAUAAAGUUUCAAAUCAGGGCUCUCCUGAAAGUAUUAUGUUGCUGUCGCACUAUUUGAAUUUGUGCAAGGUUUAUUAAAUAUUUUGUGAUUAAUAAUUUUAAUGUAUCUUGUGGUCGACGUAUCAUUUUUAUUUGAUUGAAAAAUAUUGAGGAAGAAAAAUUCGUGUAUUGAUGAAACAUGUGAUAAAUCCUGGUGAAACCAUUAUUUAAAUAUUAGCUAGGUUGUGUGAUUUUAUCGAACAAAUUGGGUGAUAACUUCUUAGGUUUGUUCUAUCAAGAAUACAGACCUGUAAGCAAGCAUAUAAUAGUUCAAAACGGUCUAGUAAUAUUGUUGGAACAAAACUCUUACAUUGAAGUAAUUAUCAUACAAAUUUAUAUACAUCAAUACAUAUUCACAGUUCACAACGUUUUUUAUGAUACGUAUUACCUAUUACCGUACAAUGUUAUACAAGCAUGAUUUUUAAUACAAUUUUACAGCUUUUCUACGACUUAAGUAAUUUUUCACUUCAAAUUUGCACUAUAAAAAUAUAAGAAUUGAAUUGAUAUUUUUCAUAAUUCGUUUUACAGAAGAUUACUUAUGUAAU